AUGGACAUGAUACCAUACGCCUACAACGGGACCACGGCGCCGCCAGAGCAUGAUAGCUACGUGCCCAUGAUCUGGUUCGACCUGUCUGCCAGUGCCAGCAUUGCCAAGGCUGUCCCCUCGAUUUUUGCGACUGUCAGUGUCGUUACCGACGUGGCCCCUGCGAUCACCUCGCCUGCGAGGGGGCUGGCCCGCGAGCGUGUACGGUUAGUAGUCUUCAUCAAUGAUGAGUAA